AAGACUGGUAUUGCCAGGUUUUUCCCUUAUGGGCUGUAACUCAUCUGGGACAAGUGGUACUCACUGUGAGUCAGAUCAUGUUUUGUUCCGACUGCAUUAAAAGUUUCAUGAGUUAUCACCCAAAAGAAGCAUUGGAAAAAGUCCGUGCCGGCGUGCUAGGUCGUGUAGAACAGCUUGCAGAACUGAUGCUGCGGGAUGCUUGUAACUCUCGAAGGAAAGCCGUGCUUGGGGCCUUGCUCAUCCUGUAUGUUCACUGCAGAGACUUGGUGAUAAAUUUACUGCUUAGAAAUGUCUUCAAGGCAGAGGACUUUGAGUGGUCAAGACAUUUACAGUACAAGUGGGAUGACAAGCAGAAGUUAUGCUACAUAUCUCAAGGACAUGCCACUUUGGCUUACGGCUAUGAGUACUUGGGCUGUACCUCCAGGCUGGUCAUUACGCCCCUCACAGACAGAUGCUGGUUAACCUUCCUGGGAGCACUCCACUUGAACCUAGGAGGUUGUGCUUCUGGUCCAACAGGUGUAGGAAAAACAGAGACUAUAAAAGACCUAGCCAAAGCUUUAGGCAAGCAUUGUGUGGUCUUCCACUGUUUCGAGAAUUUGGAUUAUAAGUUACCCAGGUCGAGUAGAGCUCCCACAAAACUUCGGAUCUCUGUUUCGCCCAGUGGCAAUGAUGGUGCCCGAUUAUCGAAUGAUUGCUGAAACCAUUAUGUCUUCAGCUGGAUUCAAGGCUUCCAGAUCACUCUCUGGAAAGCUGGUCAGCCUUUGUGAAUUAGCUCACAAACAGCUCUCACAAAAGGUAGAGUA